AAACAUUUAGCGGGUUUACAUUUAUUGAGUUUCCUGAACAUUUUUAAAGCAUAAGGCCGUUUGGAACUUUCAUGGGUCCGUUUUGGAGUCAGAUGAAAAGUUCAGACAGUUCUCUGUACCUUUGGCUCAUUCUGUUGGUGUUCUUUCCCAUAGAGACACAGCCACUAAAAAUACUAUUGACUCCUCGCCGAUCUUCACACUCAGUAAAGGUUGGUGAACAUGUGACACUGAUAUGCACAACAGGGCCAAGUGUUAAAGCAACAUACAAAUGGCAGAAUGAUUUAGCUAUAGGAACAGGAAAAGAGCCGAGUAUGAUAACAGGAAAUGCUACAUUGAAAAUAUGGAAGACAAAAUUACAUCACACUGGAGUCUACAGCUGUACAGAAACACGAAAGGGAGAAGAAAUUCUACAACAAACCCGUUCGGUUUUGUUAACCAUCGUAGACAUGUGCCAUGAGGCCACAAUUACGAUUCAACCCACCCUAACAAGAAUUUAUUCCGAAGGAACAGACCUCACAUUAUACUGUGAGUGUCCUAGCAAUUCUAAUGAAAAGACCAUAACAUGGAUCAAGAACGGUGCCAAAGUUACACCACAUAACCGCCAGAGUAUAACUUCGGACAGCAAAAAAUUGAUGCUCAAGAAUGUAAAGUUUGCUGAUAGUGGUAAAUACGCUUGUAAUGUUACAGUGGACAGGAUGGUGACAGCGACAUCAAAGGAACUGGAGCUUUGGGUGGGAAACAAACCAGAAAUCACUGAUUAUCCACCGGAAGUAACGCAAUUUAAAUUGUGGACACAGUAUAUUUUUUUGACUUGCAUAGCAGAGGGAGUACCAUAUCCACGAGUAAAGUGGUACUACAAUGGCGGACCUGAUGAGUCGCAAAUUCCUGUGCCAAACGACGGAACAAAUUUCACGGUCUUUGACAACGGGACCAUGGCAAUAAGGGAAUUCAGAUCAUAUCAUGUAGCUGUCUACAAGUGCGUGGCUAUUAAUAUCCUGGGGUCUACGAAGAGGAUAAUUCAUAUUCAAACCCCAAUAAAAAUAGAAGUACAAAGAAAAGUAUCAGCAGCUGAGGGAAAGUCGUUCAAUUGGCGCUGCACAGUCGAAGGUCUUCCAAAACCAAACGUCUACUGGGCGGAUGCAAAGAGAAAUGAAAUAAGAGAAGGCACUCGAUUCAUAACAAGGUUUGCGGAGGAAUUACGAAUACAAAAUGUACGCAUGGGUGACUCUGGGCGGUACUAUUGUGUCGCUUACCGUAAUGAAACUCGUGAAUCCAAAUGGACUGAAUUGAGGAUGGACGUUUAUGAAAAUGACAGCCUCACAAUCAAGUCUUCUCCCGAGAAUAUAACACACGUGUUUACUGGAAUAAUGGUAACGCUUAGGUGUGAGUUUGACAGUAAAGCACCUUUUACCACCUGGUGGGGCAUAAAAGGUUUGGAAGGGUUGCCAGAUUACUAUAGAAUGAGAGAUUAUGGCUCCUGGUUAGAAAUAGAUGACGUGGGGGAGUCGGACAACAACGUUUAUUACUGUCGCGCAUCGAAUGGUUUCAAAACCGUCACGGCUUACACUCAUUUGUCAGUGUAUAAGUCUACGGAGUGGAAACCGAGAAACAUAACAGUUUACGUCGGAGACUCAGUUUGGUUUCACUGUGAUGCACGAAGGGUCCCUCGAUUUCCAUUCAAAGUCGCGUGGUUUAAACGUGGACAAGGUAGUAAAAUGCUCGACAAGAAAAGGUUCCGUGUUAUUGCGAACGGUUCGAUCCACAUAACUGAUAUUCGGCUCAAUGACGAAGGAAAGUAUUUCUGUAUUACCAACAAAAACUUCAAACAGACCUUUGGAACGCGGUAUCUUCUAGUUAGAG